AAAUGCGGUUUAGCUUUUCACUCAGCUGGUCUAGUGCCUGUGAAUGUGUAUAUGUGACAAAAGUCAACGUGUUGCUGUCUUGUUUGCUGUCAAAAUCUAACCUAACAUUUUUGAACACAUUUUAUUUUAUUUACUAACUUUUCAGUUGAACACAUCAUUUUUUUUUAUUGUUUUGAUAGUAAAUGACUCUUCAGUGUUCUUUUAAAUAGCAAAAUAGUGUGAAUUUCGAUAAUGGACGGCAAAUCAGGCGGAAGCAAUUUGCCGCGUAUCACCGAGAAAUUCGAGUAUGAUGCGGCGAUCGGAGGCAAUUGCCGGUUGGAUAAUGAAAUCACAACAUUUCAACAUUGUCACCGACGGAUGGAAGAGAUCAAAGCCUUGACAUCGGCCAUUGCCAAUCCGAGCAGUACAAAAUUGGUAUUUCAAAAACUGCCCAAACAUAUGCGUCGACGGGCAAUGUCACACAAUCCAAACCGUUUGCCACGCAAGUAUCGAUUGGCACAUCGGGCUCAGAUGAGUAAAAGUGGUGCACCGGCUAAAACAAAGCGACCGUCACGGAAGUAUCGCCGAAAGCCGGCAAAUUUACUGUUGGAAUAUCAAAAGCGGAAGCGAUCGAAUAUUUGGCUGGAAACGCACAUUUGGCAUGCAAAACGAUUUCACAUGACUACCAAAUGGGGCUACAAACUCGCCGAAUCAUCUUGUGACAAAACAUUCCGUUCGUCAUAUCGUGCGACAAUUAAGCAUUGUCUGAUUCAAGACAUUUCUCAUGUUGGUAACAUUGAAAUUCGUGGCCCAUUGGACAUCUUAAGAAAUGGCUUUGAACGAAUGCGCGGUCGCGGUACUUCGAUGGAAUUGGGCAUUUGUGCCAAAGCGUAUAUUGGUGGCCAGCGCGAAGGAAGCAUUGAAUUGUUUUCCAUCGAUUCGUAUCCGUAUGGUGCACUGGGACGGUUUCAAUUCAUAUGGAAACGACCAAGUGAAAAUGACACACAACAAACGCUGUGGCUGUUUGCACAUCCAUCAGUGUAUCAACAGUUAGUCGAUGAACUUUGUAAAUUAUUCGAUUUAGAAGUGCAAGAUGACGUAAGCUCAAAGUCAAAGAAACACCAAAACGUAGCAACGACUGUUGAAUUGCACGAAAUGAAAAAUCAUUUGAAUCGAUUUCGAUUGACAGGGCCUUUAUCGCAUGCCAUUUUAACGGCAGCAUUCAAACCCAAAGUAGCACCAGCGUCGGACGAACACUCUUGGUUCAGUGACUACUUGGGGAACGAACAAAAUUCUUUUGUACACGAAACACAUUCGAAUCACUGGAAUAAAUUGGAACAUAUCAAGUCGACGGCCGAAUUGCCACCGGGAAUGAUUCUUGCUCUGAACAUCGAGGAUCCACGCAUAAAUCGACCGAAGAAACGAACAAAAGCCGUGCCAUCGAUCGAGUCGUUGGUUCAAAGUGUGGAUGAAGAGGCUUGUUGCACCAUACCCGACUUCAACGGAGACAGUGUAAUUUGGGAUUUGAAUCAGCGUGAACGUAUUCAAAAUGAAAAAGUAUCAACGCACGAGAUCUGUGUUCAACGUAAUAAGAACAUUCUAGUGCCGGGCGAACGUUGUGCAUUCGAAAAUAAAUUGCAAGCGGUGCCAGUGCUUUUGAUACAACGACCUGGUUCAAAGAAUCCAAAGCGUCUCGGCUAUGGUGGUGGUUAUGAUGUGAUAAUUCCACCUGGUUAUGGCAUUUCCACAUGGAUGUGCCUUAUAAUGUGGGGAGCAAAGCCGGGUGCUCUACGCGAAACAGAAACAAUCUCAAGAGAAGCAUUGGAAGAUGAAUUCUUACCCGACACCGAAACUGCUGUGAUCAAUUCAAAUUUGACGGAGAACGAGCUCCGUAAAAAAUAUUUCCGUCGUCCACCGAAUAAACGUCAAAAUUACCUAAAACACUCGAUAGCUAGUCCAUUUAAAUGUCCAUGGCCACAACUCAUACAAGAAUGGUGCACGUAUUCAACGAAUUCAAAAUUCUACGUACUACGCGAUAAAAAUAAAUUACGGGAAAUUGAGCAAUUUUUAGGUGGGCGAAGUAAAACACUAACAAAUAUCGAUGAAAAUUGCUUGAUUCCAGUUUCGCUAGCGAUGAACGAUCGUGGUAACGCCAACAAAUUCUCGAUAAUUUGUUUGCCCAAAAAACAAGACCUUCGACACAAUCGCACAAAUCGAAAGCAAUUUAUAAACAAGCCAGUGCUGACUGAACCUCUGGCAAUUGACCAGAAUGAAACCAAACGGAAACUGUUGCGAUUCCACCAUUUGACGACAUUGAAACGAUUGCGACGUCAACGGAUUCGUGUGAAGCGCAAAAACCAGGAAUACUCGGAACAAAAAGUGAUUAUUGCCCCACCACGCACGGCCAAUCUAAUCAAUUCACAGUACGACCGAAUGUGCGAACUUUGGCUACCCUCGGCACCUAAAACCAUUCGCCAGCAAUGUUCACGGGAGGUGUUCGGCUAUUUGACGCAAUGCCAAUUCAUGUUCCACGAGGCAAAAGUGGCCGGUAUCGGAUACGUAACGGUGAAUGGCAUUCGAAAAUUAUCGAAAUCAACUGGCAACCAAGUACUGGUUCGAGACUCAAAUAGCUUAAAUUACCGUUUGGCCACACUUGCCUGUCGUUGUCAUUGAUACUGUUGACUUUGUUAAAAAAAAAUGUAAAACGACAAUAAUUUUUUUUUACUAAGUGAGAAUAUGAAACACGUGCUUGAUUCA